GGUCAAAGUGGCAUCUGCUGUCCCGUCGUGUUGGUUACGCGCGGAAGUUGUGCUCUUAAUACACCUGGAGUCCCUGCUCCCACUUUUCAUCGCCGCCGCUAUCAUCAUGCCUUACCUCAACGGCCACAAGCCGAUACGGCCAAAGGCCCACGUGCUCAACGUCCUCGAGCAGCGCUACAAUGCCAGAUUCUAUGAGGCCAUUGCCGCUGUCAUGGCCCUGCGGACAUCCUACCUUCGGGACAGAUACAUAUUUGUCCGUGGCGAGGCCAUGAUCCCCAUACUCCGGGGCCUCGGCGCACGGGAGGAGGACUUUGAGGCCGCAAAGCACAUCAGCCAUCUCACGGGGCCCGACCCGACCCUCGACUUCAGGACCGUCACAUAUGGGCGGUACUGCAUCGACCCGGAGACGCGCAGCAUCCGCCGCCUCGAGACGCAGCCGUACACGCUGACCGAGCAGGAGGACUACAAGCGGCACGACUCUGGGAUCCCGCGCAUGUUUGACGAGGCGCCGACGGCGAUGCAGGGCAACACGGUGGUGCAGGCGCUCAUGCUCUUCAAGGCCCUCGUCUUCCAGGGGGUGCCGCUCUCGCCGCGGCCGAAGCUCGACUACGCCGCGCCGCAGUGGAUCGUGACCAUGUUCAACGCGCGCACGCACACGCACCAAGAGAGCGGCAUCUACGGGGAGCCCGCGCUCGAGGGCGUCCACUCGGACGGCUCGGACCACACGAUGACGGUGAUGCUGGGCACCGACAACAUGCGCGCCGACUCGGCCGUCACGUACAUCCACGACAACCGCGAGACCACGGGCGUGCGGACCGCUGAGACGGACCCCACGCUGAUCCGCGGCAGGGUCCAGCACCAGGGGUUCCUGGACACGCUCAUGUUCUGCGACCACGACUUCAAGCACAGCGUCACCUCGGUCUACCAGGACGACCCAGGGCGGCCGACCACCAGGGACAUGCUGGUCGUCUUUACGAGGAAGCCCAAGGUCGACGGCCACGUCUCGGGGUACGCGGACACCUUGGAGCUCCAUGCCGAGGCGCCGCUGCAUGUACCCAUGUGGCUGCCAUGAAGGAUUGGGACGACGUCUGUUGGAGAAAAAGGGGAUGUGGAGAAACAGGAUGGGUGUGCAAGGAAAAUGUCGGUGUCCGAAAUGGUUGUUCAGGGGUCCCCAAUCGAGGCAAUAUUCCAGAUCAAUUGCUGCAGAGCCGCCAAUCAGAUUCCAACGUCAUGUCCGGAAGGACAGAUUGCAUGAGACCUUCAAAAGAAACCGCCGUCAUUGAGACGGAAAAUAGAUCUGCCGUGCUCGGGGGAUAGCGUACGGCGCCGUGCAAAGCACUCUGCUCGUUCCUCAUCUUUUUGCGACAUCUCCUCUCAAAAUCAUCAUUUGCCGACAUGAUCCCCUCAUAUCGUGCCUAAGACGAUUGCCGAGAAUAUACUAGACAGUGCAGGUGG